CAGGAGAGAUUGCGGGUGUGGGUGCCUUGUCCGUCAGGACAGGAGGCGACCAGAAUUACAGUUAGUAACGGACAGGACGCUCGAUAGCACCUUUCUAUCACAGGGUCCCUGGAGAACCAGGAGGAUCUCGCCGAACCGCGCCGGCAGCAGUUACCCUCGACGCUUUCGUUCUGUCUGUCCAGACGGGACGCUCAAUUGUUCCGUACGGCUGAUCGUUCCCCGCCGCCUCCCCUUCUUGCCGCCACACCGCCUCCCGUCAUCGCAUCGCUCUGUCGCAUUCAUCUGCGUUCGCCACCUCUCCAUCCUCCCAGUAUCCUCGCGUUCCCGCCGCUUCUUCUCCCAUCCCGCUGUCUCGUCGCAUCUCCUCCCUGUCAUCGCACGCGCGCGCCCAUCGACUCUCUCUCCGCGGCAACCCUAAUUCCUUUUUGCUGCGCGUGAUCGUUUAUCAGUGCCUCCGUGCGACCCUCGUCGCAACCGCCCUCCUCCCCUCCUCCUCCCCUCGCUCCGUUCCAUCCCUAACGCUUCUCCUAGCUCGCCGCAACUCACGCCACGAUCGACGCCGCGAUCGCAUUGGCGAGGGGCCGGCGCGCGGACGCGGAGAUGCCGGCGUACGAGGUGCUGGUGAUGGCGAAGGCGGCGGUGCAGCGGGGGGAGCUGGUGGACGUGGUGCGCGGGCUGGCGCAACGCGUCAUCAAGGACGGCGGCGUGGUGAUGGCAGUGAAGUCGUAUGGCACUGUGCGCCUGGCGUAUGACGUCAAGAAGAGGGACGGCUGGCACCAGCAGGGCCAGGUGGUGCAGGUGGAGGUGAACGCGCCGGCAUCGCUAGCACAGCAGCUGGAGCACCUUAACAAGGACGAGCGCCUGCUGCGCUGGCUGCUGCUCAAGCGCCGCCCCAAGCGCUGGAUGACGUGGCGGGGGGAGGCCAUGCAGAGUGCCACCAUGCCCCCCCCCAGGCCAUGUGGCCCCCGCCCGCUCUGCCUGGUGCUGCUGCCGGGUUUGGUGCUCGGGUCCCUGCUAAUGCUGCUCUUGGUGGUGGUGGUGGUGGUGGUGGUGGUGUUGCUGCUCCUGCCGCCGAUUAUGCUCCUGGUUCUCGCAUGGCUAAUUGAGGAUUCAAUAACGUUGGACGUGAUGCCAAGAUUGUCUCUGGUUUAGAUUUUAUAUUCCAGGGGUUGAUGGGUUUGAAUAGUACUUUGUAUAUGUUGGCAAGUGAUUUGUAGGGGUGACAUGUGUCAAACAUGUGUAUUUGUCAUGUUUGUCUAGACUGUAUAGAGUCACCUCUUAGAGGAUACAAAACUUAGAUAUAUUUGUGUGUACUCUCACUUUACCAA